CGUCGAGAAAGCCAAGUGAAACAAGCAAAGAUGGCUCGCACAGCUGUGCUGCUGGUGUUGGCAGUGCUCGCUGUCUCGCUGCCCGUUGCCAAUACCUCGGCGGCACGGUUGGCCAAGCCAGGCUCGACGCACCCAUCAUUUCCCAUGGACGUCUUUUCGAAACCUGCAUAUAAGCUCGUCUACGCCGAUGAUGAUCCGAUCAGCAACCAUUCAGCCAUAGAGCUGCUGCUACGAUAUGGCCAGGUCCAUGGUACUCAGCCGCAAGCAGACAUCGAGACUUUCGAUAGGGGCAAGUCUGAAGAGCAACCCGACAACACUCCCUCGAAAGUCUACCUGGAGAGGACGUCUCCCGAUACUCUGCACAUCUGCAGCAUCCCAAAGGCUAAGCCGCCGAGGCAAACCCUGAAUUUGGAGCGAGGCACACUGGAACAGCAGCGCUCACGAAUCCUCCGCCGUGCCCUCGAGCUCCUCAACCCGCUCAAACAAACUUGCCUCUACCAUACCCUGGAUUGGUUCACCUAUUCUUUCUGCUACGGCGAUGCCAUCAGGCAAUUCAGAGCGCUGCCUGGGACCACGGCUCCGGGAAAGACGCCUGGCAUCGACUCCCGAGAAGAUAGCUACGUGCUGGGACGGUGGAACGAUGGCAUCGAGGUCAUUGAUGGCGAGUCUCAUGCGCAACCUUCCAAGUCGUCCAACAAUCAGGAGCAGCCGAGUUCUACCGAAGAUAGCGAAGCGCGGCCAGUGACGACGACAGACGCAGCAGCGACAAAUGAUGGAACGGAGCUUAUGGAACUCGUACGGUUCCCGAGCCUUGACACCGGCACUUCUCGGCCAGCUGCAGAGAGGAACGCACAUGUCAGCGCUGAACAGGUCAUAGACGGCGGAGAUGGGAGGUACGUUUCUCAAAUUUGGUCGAGCGGAACCUUGUGCAACAUCAACAACGAGCCGAGGACGACCGAGGUCCAAUUUCACUGCUCAUCGAGUCCUCCUGUCGACCGCAUCUCGCUCAUCAAAGAGACGACGACAUGUAAUUACGUCGUCGUGAUCGACACGCCCAAGCUUUGCGAAGAGCCCGCUUUGGCUCCUGUCGAGGAAGACAUACGCGACGUGCGAUGCCGACCCAUUGUCAGCGAUGAGGAGCUAAAGGCGCACAAGGAGGGCAAGACGAGUCAACAGCCGAAAGGAAGGAUGUCGACUACGAACGAACAGAGUCCGUGGCAAGGCUCUCUCUUCAGCGAGAACGUCAGAGCUGCCGUUCAGGACAUUGCAAGCAAAAUGGCCGCCAAAAAGACUUCUCGAACAGAUCAAGGUGCCGAUGGGCCUGUAGCUGCCGACAUUGAGCUCGUUGUCGGUUACGAUGGGGAUGGGAGGAUUAUGAUCGAGCCAAGAAAUGAGCACGGCGGCACGAUCAACGUUGGAAACGAGGCUCCUGCUGCUCCCCAAGAGCAGCCCGGAACACAAGCGCACAACGCUGCCGGGAAUAAUGCCAAUACUGCCGAGGCAGCGUCAGACUCACGAAACGAACAGCGAAGUGAAAACCCCAAGUCAAAAUGGGACGAGCUUGUCCAAAGAUUCCUGGCGCUGGAAGACGAGAUCAUCGGUGGCCUCGAGAUGGACGGCAUUGCUCCUGAAGAGUACUUCGUCAUGGAACCGCCUUUGGAGGAUGAUUACAUGCUUGACGAAGACAGUCCUGAGCAGCUGCAGCCCGAUGCCAUCAAUCCACCAGCUCACCCGGUAGUCAAGCCGGAAGCUGAAGAAGAAGAGGAAAAAGAUGCUACGCCAGCUCCGGUUGCUGCUUCCAACGGCAAUGGCGCGCUGAAGAAGGGAAAUGCAGCACCUUCUCGAGGUGGCUCCCCGCACAUGGUCAGGGAGACGGAGACCUUUGGGCAGAGGGUCGAGCGCCAUUACAAGCUCAGGGAGGACCAAGAGAAGGAGAAGCAGCGUGAAAAUGAGGCGCAUGCCGCUGUUGACGCCGGCAUACAGCGCAAUCGAGCCGAGCUGUGAAAUCCCGUAUGAUUCUUACUUUCAAUUGUAAUGUAUCUUCACCACUGUAACAGCAUGCGAGUGAGAAUGAGUGUGUG